AAUUAACUUAUGAAAAUAAAUUACUUAGAGAAGAAAAUAAAAGGCUCAAAGAAGAGAAUAUUAAAGAACUUAAAGAUCAAAUUGAAAAUCUUAAAAAAUUUAAUGAAAAAUUUGAAAACCAAAAUAAGGAAUUUAAUGAAAAACUUAAUUUGAUUUUAAAAAAACUUGAUUGA